AUGCCCACUCUACCCAAGCCCAUCGCCAAAGUUGGCGACCGAGUUACUUUUCUGAGUCGCUCACUGCCCGCCGGCUCCCCAAUUGCCCAAGCCUCACUUGCUCGAGAUCUCGACGAAGCUUCUGAUGAGGCCACUGCAUCAGGGUCGAGCUCGGACACAGAGACCUCAUCUCUGCGACCGACCACCUCUGGCCCCGGUGCAGCCGUUGAUCAUUCCUUUACCGGCUCGUAUCGACGACCAAGCUUUGCAGCCGCCGGCAACAGGGCGACCAUCGUUCCACAUCCACACCGAGAGCAUGAGCGACUUUUCAGGCAGGAAAGAGAGGAGGUGAUCGAGCAAGAGCGUAGUCUCCUGCGUGACAACAAUAUCAUCCCUCCUAAGCACCCUCAAGAAGAUCAGCAACAUCAUAACAUCAUCAGCAAGCACUUGACCAUCCCAAGCAUUAUUCCCGGAGGGGAUAGAAAAGUACUUCGAGAUGAAGAAGCUGCGGGCCAACCGCUCGAUGGGGCGAGGGCUCUGCCAUCGGAGUCAACGCCUUUGCUAGGGGAUCCCUCGUUACCGUAUGGUGGCCAGGAUGACCCUGUGAACAUCAAGGCAAGAUGGGAGGAGGCAGUCUCCGCAGGCAAGAUCCAAACAACAUGGCAACGAGAAGCAAAAGUCUUAGUGCAGUACUCUGCCCCCUUGAUGGUCACAUUUAUGCUGCAAUACUCAUUGACAGUGGCUUCUAUUUUUGCCGUAGGCCACAUCGGUACUGUCGAGCUGGGUGCUGUCAGUCUGGCCUCAAUGACAGCAAACAUUACCGGGUUUGCCAUCUAUCAAGGUCUCGCGACCAGUUUAGACACCCUCUGUGCACAAGCCUAUGGCUCCGGCCGGAAAAAACUCGUUGGACUGCAAAUGCAGCGCAUGAUAUACUUCCUGUGGGCAAUUACCAUCCCCAUAGGCAUUGUGUGGCUCCUCGCCGACAAGAUCCUCAAAUGCAUUGUCCCCGAGCCCGAAGUCGCCGCUCUUGCCGGCCUAUAUCUUAAAGUUCUCCUCCUCGGGGCACCCGGAUUCGCUGCCUUCGAAGCCGCAAAACGCUUUGUGCAGGCCCAGGGCCUCUUCUCCGCCUCUCUCUAUGUCCUAUGUUUCUGCGCCCCGUUCAACGCCUUCAUGAACUGGCUCUUCGUCUGGAAGUUUCGCUGGGGAUUUGUGGGCGCCCCUAUCGCCGUCGCCAUUACCGACAAUCUCCUUCCUCUAGGGCUCUUCAUAUACGUCCGUUUCUUCAGCCAAAAGGGUAUGUCCUGCUGGAACGGCUUCACACGAAAAGCUUUUCACAACUGGAUCCCCAUGAUCAAACUUGCGCUCCCAGGCCUCUUGAUGGUCGAAGCCGAAGUGCUGGCGUUCGAACUCCUCACCUUUGCCUCCUCCUACUUUGGCGUCAGGGCCCUCGCCGCGCAAUCUGUCCUCGUGACCAUUACAUCGAUCGCCUUCCAGAUCCCCUUCCCCCUAUCUAUUGCGAACGCCGCGAAGACCUCCGCCAAAGUGGCCGGCUGCGGAUCUAUCAUCACUGGUCUUUUCAACCUCACCAUUCUCUUCAGCCUCCGCAACGUUAUUCCCAGACUCUUCACGGACAACGAAGAUGUCACCCAGCUCGCCAGCGCCGUCUUACCUGUCUGCGCGGCAUUCCAGCUCAUUGACGCUCUGGCCACGAUCUGCAAUGGCAUCUUGCGGGGUCUUGGGCGGCAGGAAGUGGGGGGCUAUGUGCAGGUCUUCUGCUACUAUGCCGUCGCCAUGCCUAUUAGCAUGGGCACCGCGUUUGGACUGGGUUGGGGCCUUUGGGGUUUGUGGUCAGGAGUAGCGGUUGCGUUGGGGUUGGUGUUUGGAAUUGAGGGAAUCUUUUUGGUCAGAACGAGUUGGGAGAACAGUGUCGAGGAGGCGAGGAGGAGAAAUGAGGGCGCUUGA